GCGCCUGCGCCAGCAGCCUGAGCCCUGGGGUUGGGCAGGACCAGGUUCCGUGCAACUUUCAAGUGAGUUACAAAUUCCGCCCCGGAGGCUGCUGCAGGUGGUCAAGCGCGCCGGGACCCCGGCAAUCUCGAGAGCGCCGGCCGUGACCUGCCACCCCCAGCUGGGACUAGCUGUGGCGCCUUGCAACGCCCGGUUCUCCGCAGCAGGAAGUGCGGACUGAGCCGCCACAACUCUGCGGCGUGGGGCGGAGGAACGCGCCCGCCCGCCCCGCUCCCCAGUCGGCUUCCUUCCUUGGAGGCCUCCCCUCCCACGUCCACUGGUUCCCGAUUUCCAGGCUCCCCGCACUGCGGGGUCGGAGACAGGACCUGAAGAUAAGUGGCGAGUGCAGCACCACUCGAUCCCCUGCGUAAACAGCUCACUUGGUCGUCUUCUUGGGGUCGUCCUCCAGGCUGUCAGGAUGGUGUCCUGGAUGAUCUGUCGCCUGGUGGUGCUUGUAUUCGGGAUGCUGUAUCCCGCUUAUGCUUCCUACAAGGCUGUGAAGAGCAAGAAUAUUCGAGAAUAUGUCCGAUGGAUGAUGUACUGGAUCGUCUUUGCAAUCUUCAUGGCAGCAGAGACCUUCACAGACAUCUUCAUCUCCUGGUUCCCUUUCUACUAUGAGAUAAAGAUGGCUUUUGUGCUAUGGCUGCUCUCUCCAUACACCAAGGGGGCCAGUCUGCUUUACCGAAAGUUUGUCCAUCCAUCCCUGUCCCGCCAUGAAAAGGAGAUUGACGCAUGCAUCGUGCAGGCAAAGGAACGCAGCUACGAGACUGUGCUCAGCUUGGGGAAGCGGAGUCUCAACAUUGCUGCAUCAGCUGCUGUGCAGGCUGCUACCAAGAGUCAGGGUGCUCUGGCUGGUAGGCUGCGGAGCUUCUCCAUGCAAGACCUGCGUUCCAUCCCUGACACCUCUGCCCCUACCUACCAAGAUCCCCUCUACCUGGAGGAACAGGUAGCCCGCCGAAGGCCGCCAAUUGGUUACCGGGCAGGUGGCCUACAAGACAGUGACACAGAGGAUGGGUGCUGGUCAGACAAUGAGGUGUCCCCCCAGCCACCUUCCCGGCCCCGAGAGAAGCCCCUGAGCCGUAGCCAAAGCCUGCGGGUGGUCAAGAGGAAGCCACUGGUUCGAGAGGGCACAUCACGAUCCCUGAAAGUUCGUACUCGGAAAAAGACCAUGCCCUCAGACAUGGACAGCUAGAGUGUGCAGAAUUAGACCAUCUUACCUCAAGCCAGCAGGGGGCCUUUGGCUGCACAUCAGGUCUGCCUGCACCAGCUGCCUGGGCCCCACCCCUCUGGCCCCUGCAGCUGCCCAAGGGCCAGGGGCAGAUGGUGUGGCACCCUGCGUGG